AUGGCGACCGGCGGCGUUUCGGCGCGGCCGCAGCGGUGGCGGCGACGCUCCGGGGUGGCGGAUUGUUCUACACAUCAAACAAAAUCAGUUCAGAGCUGUGAUGGAGUAUCAGACUUAGACAGCUACAAAUCAAACACUACAGAAAAUUUCUGCCUUAUGUCACCAUCCAAGAGAAAUAGACCCAAAAGUACUCCCACAGGUCAACUAAGGUAAUCAAAGCUCAUCUCUAAUGCUUUCUACCAUGCCCAGAAGGCAUCUGCAAAGUUAUGCGAAGUUAUUAAAAGGCAGCCAAAUGUAAUCAAAAUCAUUGCUUACAAGACUCGCCCAAGAAACAUCUUUGCUAAAGUUUCUGUGUUCUCAGUUAAGCCACUGCUGGAGGAGUGCACGGAAAAGCUGAAUUUGAACAUGGCUGCACGAUGAGUGUUCUUGGCAGGCGGCACCGAAGCACUAGAACCCAAAGACAUACCCCAUGAUGUCGACGUUUGUAUUUCAACUGGAGAGAGCUUUUCAGAGCCAUUCAAAAAAAUUUCUGACCAUCUGUCAUUAAUGAAGAAAGUAACUUGGGCAGUGAAUGGCCUGGUUCUUAGUAAUGAUGUCAAGCGAAGAAUACUAAUAUCCAACUGCAUAAAGAAAAAUAUAGAGAAGACCUCGAUUUUAGUGUUUAAGAACUGCACAGGGUAG